AUGGGGUACAAUCCACCAGGGGGUGGUGUGGGCGCACCAGUGAGGGAGCUGUACUUGGAGGAGGGUGCAUACGGAGGAGCAAAUAUUGGUCUGCAGAAGGAUUUAGAUGAAUAUAAGAUCAGUCUGAGAAGGAAAUGUGAACAUGUGACUGAGGGAUCUGACAAACCAGGAGAUAGUUCCCUCCUCAACAGCAUCUACACUGAUCUCUACAUCACAGAGGGACAGAAUGAAGAGGUUAAUACCCAACAUGAGGUGAUGCAGCUGGAUACACCAUUCAAGAUAAAUAACCUUCAUGACAUUCCAAUCAGGGGCCAAGAAAUCUUUAAAGCCUUACCCGGCCAAUAUGGAGCCAUUAGAGUGGUUCUGACAAGCGGCAUUGCUGGUGUUGGAAAAACCUUCUUAGUACAAAAGUUCACUCUGGACUGGGCAAAGGGCUUAGAAAACCAAGAUAUCAAUGUGGUGGUUCUGCUUUCCUUCAGGGAGCUGAACAUAAUCAGAGAGGAGCAGCACAGCCUUCUCACUCUCCUCCAUGUUUUCUAUCCAACACUUCAGAAGUUCCUAGAAGAAAUGCUGGCAGUCUGUAAACCUCUCUUCAUCUUUGAUGGCCUGGAUGAGAGCAGAUUUUUACUGGACUUCACCAACAGUCAGCUUGUUCCCGUUGUCACACAGAAGUCAUCAGUCAAAGUUCUGCUGACAAACCUCAUCAAUGGGAACCUGCUUCCCUCGGCUCUCAUCUGGAUAACUUCUCGACCUGUAGCAGCCAAUCAGAUCCCUCCUUCAUGUGUUAACAGGGUCACAGAAGUACGAGGAUUUGCUGAUGCAAAACAAGAGGAGUACUUCAGGAAGAGAUUCAGUGAUGAAGACCUGUCCAGCAGAAUUAUCUCCCACAUCUGGACCUCACGAAGCCUUCAAAUCAUGUGUGGAAUCCCAGUUUUUUGCUGGAUCACUGCUACUGUUCUGGAGCACAUGUUAACCAUAGAAAAGAGAGAAGUGCUGCCCAAGACCAUGACUGAGAUGUACUCACAUUUCCUGCUGGUUCAGACAGAGACAAAGAAGAUAAAGUAUAAUGAAGAACAUGAGAGGGGGCUGAAGGAGACAGACAGAGAAGUUCUUCUAAAGCUGGGGAGGCUGGCGUUUGAACAGCUUGAGAAAGGCAACAUCAUGUUUUACCAAGAAGACUUGGAGGAGUGUGGUCUUGAUAUUACAGAGGCCUCUGUGUUCUCAGGAGUUUGUACAGAAAUCUUCAAAACAGAGAAUGUGAUUUUCCAGAAACCAAUCUACUGCUUUGUUCAUCUGAGUGUUCAGGAAUAUCUAGCUGCAGUCUACAUAUUUAACUGUUACACCAACCGGAACACAGAUGUUUUGAAGAAUUUUUUGACUGAACACAAUAGUAACUCACCACUGGAAGAUUUCCUUAAAAACAUCAUGGAGAAAUGCCUCAAAAAUGAAAAUGGGCAGCUUGACCUGUUUGUUCGUUUCAUUCAUGGCCUCUCUGUGAAGCCCAGCAACAGACUACUACAGACCCUACUGGGUCAGACAGAAAACAGAACAGGAACCAUCCAGCGAGUCAUCAACAACCUGAAGAAACAAACAACAUUCGCAUCUCCAGACAGAAGCAUUAACAUCUUCCACUGUCUGAUGGAGAUGAACGAUCUCUCAGUGCAUCAGGACAUUCAACAGUUCCUGAAGUCAGAAAACAGAUCAGAGUUCCUCUCUGAGAUCCAUUGUUCAGCUCUGGCCUACAUGCUGCAGAUGUCACAGGAGGUUCUGGAUGAGUUGGAUCUGAAGAAGUACAGAACAUCAACACAGGGACGACAGAGACUGAUUCCAGCUGUGAGGAACUGCAGAAAGGCUCGGCUUGCUGAGUGUGAACUGUCAGAGACUCAUUGUAAAGUUGUGGCCUCAGCUCUGAUGUCCAGCCCCUCUCAUCUUAUUGAAGUUGACCUGACUGAGAACAAGCUAAGUUGUUCUGCAGUGGAGCAUUUGUGUGCUGGACUGAGGAGUUCCAACUGUAGGCUUGAAAUCCUGAGACUGCGGAAUUGCAGGUUGUCAGAGGACAGUUGUACUUGUCUGGUCAAAGCUCUAAGGUCCAACCUGUCCCAUCUGACAGAACUAGACCUAAGCUGGAAUAAAGGAAUAAAAGAUGCAGGGGCAGAGGAGCUCUGUGGAUUUCUAAAGAGUCCACACUGCAGACUAAAAAUACUGAGAUUGCAACGCUGCAGGUUAUCAGAGAUCAAUUCUACUGCUCUGGCCUCAGCUUUAAAGUCUAACCCCUCCCAUCUGACAGAGCUAGAUUUAAGCUGGAACGAAGACGUGAAAGACGCUGGAGUGAGGGAGCUCUGUGGUUUUCUAGAAAGUCCACGCUGCAGUCUAAUGAUACUGAGUCUGUUUAACUGCAGUUUGACAAAGAUCAGCUGUGCUUCACUGGUCUCAGCUCUGAAGUCCAACCCCUCUCAUCUGACAGAACUAGACCUGAGAGGAAACAGUCUUGUUCAGUCAGAUGUUGAACAACUGUUGGAUGUUGAGAAGAGUAUGAAGUUCGAACUAAAAUCUCUUAAGUAA